AUGUCUAUGAUAGAUUUUAGAAGUGACACUGUCACCAAACCAACCAAAGAAAUGUAUGAGGCAAUGGUAUCUUCACCAUUAGGAGAUCAUGUUAAUAAUGAAGAUCCAACUGUCAAUAAAUUACAAGAAAGAUGUGCUCAGUUAUUUGGUAAAGAAGCUGCAUUAUUUGUACCAACAGGAACAAUGGCCAAUUUGAUUUCAAUAAUGGUACACUGUGAAUCCAGGUUUCAAGAAGUAAUUAUUGGUAGCAAAAGUCAUAUUGUAUAUUAUGAAGUUGGUAAUGCUGGACAUCUAGCAGGUGUACAGUUAAGAUCAGUAGAAAAUAAAGAUGAUGGAACAUUUGAUUUAGAUGAAGUUUCCAGUUUAAUAAGAGAUAAAAACGACGUACAUUAUCCCUCCACAAGAUUAAUUUGUGUAGAAAAUACACAUAAUAAAUGUGGCGGAAAAGUUUUACCCUUAGAAUUUCUAAAACAGGUUCGAAAAUUAGCUGAUGAAAACGAUAUUAAAGUUCAUAUGGAUGGUGCUAGAUUAUUAAAUGCUGCUGUCUAUUUGAAGGUUUCACCUGCAGAAAUUGUACAAUAUGUGGACUCAGUUACACUUUGUUUUUCCAAGGGUUUAUGUGCACCAGCAGGGUCUGUUGUAGCUGGUAGUAAAGAAUUCAUUGAUAGAUCUAAAUGGAUGUGUAAAGCACUUGGUGGUACAAUGAGACAAGUUGGUGUUUUAGCAGGUCCAGCAUUAGUUAGUUUAGAUACUAUAUAUCCUCGGUUACAUGAAGAUCAUGAAAAGGCUUUACAGAUAGCUAAAGCUAUUAAAAACUGUGGUAAUGAUAUGAUAACAACUAGUGAUGUUCACACUAAUAUAGUCAUUAUUAAUAUUAGUAAUAUCAUCACAGCUGAACAGUUCUGUCACAGAUUACUACAGGUCCCAGAGAAAGAAUUAGAAAAACUUGGUGAAAGUAUUCGACCAGAGAUGUGGCCAUUUACAAAACAAUCGGUAAGAUUAGUGGUACAUCAAGGUAUAUCUCAAACAGAUCUAGAUAAGACUAUUAUUAAAUUCCAAUAUGUAAUACAGGAAUUAGUCAAUAAAUAA